UUUUUCUUUCAUAAUAUCAAUUUUUAUUUAUUUAUUUCCUCAAGUGAUAAUAAAUUUCAAGCAUCUAUUACAAAGUUUCGUCUUUUUUUCUUUAUGCUUGGAUUCUUUCAUAGCUCACUCAUCCUCGAUUUUCUCAACCUCUUUCCAUAGGGUUUCUACUUUUUCCUCAGAAUUUCUUAAAUUCCUCGACGUACAACCCUCGAUUUGUGCAUUGAAUUGGCGCUGCAUUUGGUUGAAUUUGUUUUCUGUGAAUUGAACUUGGAUGAGAGGAUGCUGUAAAGUUUAGUUCUUGGAAGGAAGGAAUUUUCUGUAGCUAUUUGAAUUUUGGAAUAGAAAAUGUUCAGUCCGAGUAUGGAUUUUGCAAGGGGUGUGGGUGGUGUUGUAGCAGGGACUGUACUAGUUCCCAUGCGGUUCGUGUGGCCGUAUGGGGGAAGAAGUGUGUAUCUCAGUGGUUCUUUCACACGGUGGUCUGAGCUUCUGCAAAUGUCACCAGUUGAAGGUUGUCCAACUGUGUUUCAAGUUAUCCAUAGCUUGGCCCCUGGUUAUCAUCAGUACAAGUUUUUUGUUGAUGGAGAAUGGCGGCAUGAUGAACACCAACCUUAUAUAUCCGGAGAAUAUGGGAUAGUUAACACUGUAUUAUUGCCCACUGAUCCUAAUUUCAUACCUGUUUUACCUCCCGACAUAGUUUCUGGGUCUAACAUGGAUGUGGACAGUGAGACUUUUCGGCGUGUGGUCCGAUUGACAGAUGGUACAUUGAGUGAAUUGAUGCCGAGAGUAUCAGAGGUUGAUAUACAGACCUCACGCCAACGUAUUGCUGCAUACUUGUCAAUGCAAACAGCUUAUGAAUUACUUCCUGAGUCAGGCAAGGUUGUUACCUUGGAUGUUGAUCUGCCAGUGAAGCAAGCAUUUCACAUACUACAUGAGCAGGGAAUUCCCAUGGCUCCUCUUUGGGAUUUCUGCAAGGGACAGUUUGUUGGAGUUCUCAGCGUUUUAGAUUUUAUUUUAAUUUUAAGAGAGCUCGGGAAUCAUGGGUCUAAUCUGACAGAAGAAGAGCUUGAAACACAUACCAUAUCAGCUUGGAAGGAAGGAAAAUGGACUGUAUUUUCAAGACGUUUCAUCCAUGCAGGGCCAUAUGAUAAUUUGAAAGAUAUUGCUCUGAAGAUUCUGCAAAAUGGAAUUUCAACCGUUCCUGUUAUUGAUUCAUCUUCUGAAGAUGGUUCAUUUCCACAACUACUGCAUCUUGCUUCACUUUCGGGGAUCCUUAGAUGCAUUUGCAGGUACUUUAGGAAUUGUUCUAGUUCAUUGCCUAUACUUCAACUUCCAAUUUGUGCAAUUCCUGUGGGCACAUGGGUGCCCAAAAUUGGGGAGUCAAAUCGCCGGCAUCUAGCAAUGUUGAGACCAAAUGCUUCUCUUACUUCAGCCCUAAACUUACUAGUUCAAGAUCAAGUAAGUUCAAUACCAAUAGUUGAUGAUAGUGACUCUUUACUGGAUAUAUAUUGCCGGAGUGAUAUAACAGCUUUGGCAAAGGACAGAGCUUAUACACGCAUUAAUCUCGAGGAAAUGACCGUUCAUCAAGCAUUGCAGUUGGGCCAGGAUGCUUUUAAUCCGAAUGAGUCGAGAAGUCAAAGAUGUCAGAUGUGUUUGCGAACUGAUUCUUUGCAUAAAGUGAUGGAUCGUUUGUCAAAACCAGGUGUCCGGCGGCUUGUUAUUGUUGAAGCUGGGAGCAAGCGCGUAGAAGGCAUCAUAUCACUGACCGACAUAUUUAAGUAUUUCCUUUGUUAGUUUGGAUUGGUGACUGAACAAGUCAGUUAGUGCUGCAGUGGUCACAACCUUCUGCAAAUAACGCAACCAUCAUCGGCCCAACCACUAAAGGGGGAGAGAUUUCAGAGCUUGUGCACGGUGAUUUGAUCGUUAUUUCAUUGAAAUACAAUUGGAUCGGCCUCUUGCUUCGGUGCCUCGUUUUAAGAUUUUAGGCUAGAGAAAGAGGCGGGCCUGUAAAUUUGAGUUUUUAUUUUUUAAUUUUCCCAAAUUAUUUGUCUCCCCCCAUUCAUAUUUAUCUUCAAAUAUGUGCUCCUGAUACAGAUACAUAUUGUUAUUUAAGGUACAAAGUUUAGGGGGGAAAUUUAUGGGAGGACAAAUAUUUGAAAUACUAUUGUAUUGUUUUGUUGUUUAUUAGCAUCAUUAUUAGUUC